UGCCAGAGUGGCAUAAGCUGAUAACGCGCGCUCACGUGAGAGCGACCUGCGUUCCAUUGCAUUUCUACAGACAAAGGAAUUCUCCGGUUGAAACAUUAUUGAAGAUUUAUGUUAAAAACAUCCUAAAGAUUGAUUCUAUACUUCGUUUGACAUGUUUCUACAAACUGUAAUAUGACUUUUCGUCUGAACUUUUGCCUGGACUUGCCCGCGCCUCGUGAGUUUGGAUUGUGUACUAAACGCGCAAACAAAAAGGAAAAAAAAAUUUGGACAUGCAUUAUGGACUUUAUCGAAGAAAUCAAACAUUUAUUGUGGAACUGGGAUUCCUGGGAGUGCAUUCUGAUGAAGAUCAUCAAAGAUAAGUGAAUAUUUAUAAUGCUAUUUCUGACUUCUGUUGACUCCACAACAUGGCGGAUAUCAAUAUGGCUUGUUUUGGUCUCUGAGCGCUGUACUCAGAUUAUAGCAUGGUGUGCUUUUUUUGGUAAAGCUUUUUUGAAAUCUGACACAGCGGUUGCAUACAUAUAUUGUGUAACAUGAAGUCCUAUGAGUGUCAUCUGAUGAAGAUCAUCAAAGGUUAGUGAUUCAUUUUAUCUCUAUUUCUGCUUUUUGUGACUCCUCUCUUUGGCUGUUUUUAUGUGACCAGGUGCAGACCUAGUUCUAGGGAUGUGCUUUCCUCUUUCCGGGAACUGAAAUGAAUAACACAUUUUCUUUCUAGUUGUGAGAGAGCGAGGAGCCACCCUUCUUAUGGCAUUUGACCCUGCUCUGUCCCCAAAAAGACAGUAAAACACAAAACUCAUCUUAGUCCGAGUACGUAUUUCAGCCAAAAUUAGCGAUGUCAGAUUCAGGAAAAUUAGGAUUUUGGGAUCCUCUGCAAAAGUCUGACAUAUGUAUUUCACAACAAUACGUGUUUCUUCACAGGCUUGAUGAGUAAUUUCCCAUCAUUCCUUAUUGACUCAACCUCAGCCAUUCUGAUCUUAAUCCAAUCUUGAUUGGAUAACGGUCCGAUGGCAUAUCGUAAUGAAAUAAAUUGAACUCAUAUGCUAACAUGAAUUACACUAUCACAACUGUGAUUAUACUUCCAUCAUUGAGUUAUCCUGCAUUCCCUUUUCCAAGUCGAUCUGUCGUCACAGUAAUCCCUCUCUCCAAUUAACCAACAAAUUCAGUCAAAGUAGAAAAAGUCACUACAGUUUGUCACUGAUUGUCACAAUAAAAUUGGCCUCUAACUUCUUUCCCAUUUCUCUCUCUCUUUUCCCUUUUUGUCAUUUGGAGCAAGUGCCCCAGAUAAGAAAUUGCUUACAUCCCACUCAGUGUGGGACUGGGUGGGUUGCUUCCCACAGGGUAUGUACCAAUGUGCAGAGAGCACACUUCGACAGAUGCCAUCAGAGAACAAGCAUAUGAAUUACCAGGCAGCCUGCCAUCCAGCGAGUUCACACAGAAUGCCAUUAAUACCUGAUGAACAGUCAGACAACAACACAACAACAACAUGAAAGCCGUGGCAACUGGGACCCAGCUCUCACCACCAGCAGUAUAUGGGGAACCCCUACACUAUCUAUCCAUCUCCUGAGACAAAGCGUGGAAUGUGUUCUAUAAUGGUCGCCCCAAUCGUACAUGUGUUGAUGCUAAUGGUCGUCAUGGCCGCCCUGCCUGGCCCUGGAAUGUGUCAGAUAAACAGCACCACAGACAAUGUGGAGAAGGACUCCUACCCCAGACCAGGGCCUGGUCCUCCUCAACACCCACAUCACCCCCAACCCCUGGGCUUCCACAGCACCAGCAGCCCCUUCCUGGAGCAUGGGAGCCCCAUCUCCACCAGGGGCCACCAGGGGCCCCAAUGGCCCAGGGUCGGAGCUGGGUCUGGGGCCACAAACAUCACCAGGAUAAGGGCUCCUCCACCAUGCACCAUCGCCACUUCCAUUCAAGGCCAUUUCAAAUACAUCAACACAGUGAUUUCUAUCAUGGUGUUUGUGGUGGGCAUAGUGGGCAAUGCCACCCUAUUGAGAAUUAUCUACCAGAAUAAGUGCAUGAGGAACGGGCCCAAUGCCCUCAUCGCCAGCCUGGCGCUGGGAGACCUCAUCUACAUCACCAUAGAUAUACCCAUCAACGUCUACAAGCUCCUUGCCACCAGGUUCCCCUUCGAUGACAGUUCCUUUGGGCUGUGUCUGUGUAAGCUGGUACCAUUCCUUCAGAAGGCCUCUGUGGGCAUCACCGUCCUCAACCUCUGUGCCCUAAGCGUCGACAGGUCAGUCCGAUGUACCACUGCUGAAUUCCAAAAUCAACCAAUGGUAGCUGAUCUAACAGGAUCAAAGAAAAAAGCCUGUAUUUGCAUAUUAAUGUUUAUAGAAUUAAUAAACAAUAUAAGCAAUAAGCAAUAUGGUGUUUCUUUCCAUCUGCUUUGUGAUAGCCUAUUGCCUACACCUAUCCAAUUCUUUCAGAUCUACGAGAGUGUCUAGGGAGUAAGGGGUAAGGCUUCUGAAGCAUUAUACACAUUACUCGUUUACUGUCCAAUGCAUUGUCUGGCAGGCAUACACUUACCAAGGUUAACAUAUGAGCUGUAGCUGAAUCUGACCUAGUACUCAGACGCUAUAAGUGGUUCUUUAUGCAUUUUAUUCCAUAGAGACAUAUUCUGCUCCCUGGAAUAGGAUUCUAUUAUCUUGUAAAAAUGUAUUGGUUCCAGACUCAUGGAAUGUUUGCGCCGUCGAGUUCUGUUCUGUUCUGGCCUUUCAGUUCUGUGAAUCUUUAUAUGUAGGUUACGUA